CCGCGUUUUCCAACUGUGCGCACAACCCUGGAAACCGGACACAGUGGGGAAGUUUUCGCCAAACGAACAUUUUCUUUUCGAUAUGUUAUUGCCUUGCAGGAUAAAUAUUCAUCUGGCAUGAUGGUUUCAGGAGAAUGGGAGCAAUUUGUACGCAGGUGGGCGUGUCCUCAGUGAAGCCUCUACCUGAUAGGGUGAAAAUCGUGGAGGUGGGGCCGAGGGAUGGCCUGCAGAAUGAGAAGACCAUCGUCCCGGCGGAAGUAAAGAUACGGCUGAUCGACAUGCUUUCAGAAGCGGGACUUCCUGUCAUCGAGGCAACGAGCUUUGUCUCUCCAAAGUGGGUACCUCAGAUGGCAGACCAGGUGGAGGUGAUGCAGGGCAUACACAGACGGCCGGGAGUGAUCUACCCUGUCCUCACGCCAAACCUGCAGGGCUUCCAGGCCGCGGUGAAGGCCGGUGCAGGUGAGGUGGCCAUAUUUGGCGCUGCCUCUGAGCUCUUCAGUAAGAAGAACAUUAACUGCUCCGUGGAGGAGAGCCUGCAGCGCUUUGAGGAGGUCACCAGGGCGGCGAAAGAGGCCGGUGUACCUGUGCGAGGGUAUGUUUCCUGUGUGCUGGGGUGCCCUUAUGAAGGACAGGUAUCCCCGGAAAAGGUGGCUCAGGUGGCGAAGCGGCUGUACUCCAUGGGUUGCUAUGAGAUCUCCCUUGGCGACACCAUCGGCGUGGGAACCCCGGGGAGCAUGUGCCGGAUGCUGGAGGCGGUGAGCCGGGAGGUGCCGGUCCACGCCCUGGCUGUGCACUGCCACGACACCUACGGACAGGCGCUCGCCAACAUCCUGGUCGCCCUGCAGAUGGGGGUGUGUGUGGUGGACUCCUCCGUCGCUGGGUUGGGGGGGUGUCCGUACGCUCAGGGGGCAUCGGGGAACGUGGCCACAGAGGAUGUGGUGUACAUGCUACACGGCCUGGGGAUACACACCGGGGUAGACCUGGCUAAGCUGAUGGACGCUGGAGCGUUUAUCUGUCAGACACUGAACCGGAGGACCAGCUCUAAGGUGGCCCAAGCAUCCUGCAAACUCUGAGCAGCCAGCAGGGGGGCGCUGUUUCCUGGCCCUUAGGCCUUUUUACACUCAACAUUGCACUUGGGGCAUGCAGCUGAAGAUAUUAUUGUAUUUCCUAUCAAGAUACUGUGACCCCCUAGAGAUUUGGUUAUGGCUGGUGUCAUAUUUAUUUACAACUGAGCAUUAAUCAGAAGUCAUGCAGGUCUGGAUUGUGUUUUGACUGAUUGUGGCUGAAUCCCUAACCAUUCUGAAUCAUUAAGAGCAUAUUGCGGCAGAUUUAGAGACCGAGUGAAAGACUCUGCAACUGCAGAUGAAUAUUCACCAGUCAGGACCUGGCCUUGAAUGUUCAGUGUUAAAACAGUAGAAAUGGUGUGAAAUGAAGUGUGUGUGUUGUCCUGGAAGUGGAGUUGGAACACCCCAAUGGAAACGGUGCCUUAGAUUCAUCAUCUCUUACACUGGGUUUGAACUCUGACCUCUUGCACAGGUCAUUUUUAUAAUAAUUAAAAGGGUUUGUGGUCUCUCUCAGUCAUAUGUGUGAGUGUGGCGGUGCCGCCACUGUGAUUAUGGGGCAUUCUUAAUAAUUCUUAAUUUUUCUUCAAAUCUCAAGUUUUUGUCCAUCUUGCAAGAUGAAAGAAUCAUGCAUAAGACGUUGUAAUUAAAGAAGAAACCAGCGUCAUCCCGUAUUUUUAAUAGACAUAAGAAAGGUAUUUCAUGUAUUACAUACUUUAUAAUGUAUGUAUGUUUAAACUGAUCUAUGGAGCGUUCUUCUGGAUCUGCGGAGGCAUUGUCGCCCCUGCGCUGUUGUAUUAAGUUUGUCCGCUCAAACAGUGUGGCCCGGUACAACCACUAGGCUAUGGCGAGGUUAAAUACAUU